AUGAUAUGAUUAAAUCAACCGACGAAUUGCUCAUUGACUGUGUAAGAGGUUAUCAUCACCUGUAUAACCAUCAAGAAAAAAAUUUCAAGGAUUAUUUAAUGAAAGAGGAUUCGUGGAAGGAAAUCGCGUCAGUCAUGAAAAUAUCAGUUUCAGAGUGUCAAGCACAAUGGAUUAAACUACGUGACAAAUUUGCCAGAGAAAAACGACAAAAGGAAAUAGAAACAAGGACAUGGUAGUGAAGCUAGCCGUCGAAAUACAUUCGUCUUGUAUGAAAAUAUGCUGUUUUUAGAAAAACAUGUUAAAAGGAGGCGGUAUGUUUGU